AUGCAUGACACUUUGUCUUUGUGCCUUCCAAGUCUUUACUUCUCUACGUCUCUUUCUCUUUCCCCACCCAUCUGUCCCUUCCGGCUUACUGUCGUCCACCCAUUCGUCGCCCAUGAUUGCCCACUCGUUCCACCGCUCGAGCGACCCCUGUCGCGAUCAGAGCGCUCCUUAUCGGCGCCGUCGUCGCCGUUUGCACCCUCGCCACUUGUGGGUCCGCCUUGCCGGCCCAUGACAUCCAAAAGAAGGACGUCGUCAUUAUGUCGACCGGUACUCGCAUGACUUCGGGCAAAAUCAGCGAUAAGCUCGGGUACCAAUCCUCAGGGGUUCUGAUCCACGGAGGGUGCGGUCGUCACAUCGCCAUCAGCGACUGCUGGCAGAUGGGCCUUAACGCCACCGGGAAUCUUGCCACACGAUCCGAGAAUGGCUCUUCUGUCGUGCACUCCUACGACCCUUCCGAUCCCAAAUGGGAGGUCGACGACGACUCUCGGCGACGAUUUGGACACCUUUGAGGAGGACGUGACCGGCCAAACACUCGAGAAGCGCCAAGCGUCAGCACGCCAGCGUAUCAAGAUCUUCUCGCUCCCUCCCGCCCCCGCCAAGUCCCGCAACUUGUACAUCUGGAGAUCGUAUCUCACGAACGCUCCUUCGACAAUCAUCGGGACCAACUUUUUCCAUCUGUUUCAACUGCUCCGUCGCGACAGCACCGGCGGAGCGGUGCUUACCGGCGACGUCAAGGGCAACUCGUACGUCUUGAUGGACAACGUGCGCAAGCAAGAGGUCACCAUCCCGCUUGGUAGUUUCCAAGGCCGCGUCAUCGAACAUCGCCUUUGGGUCGUGGCGGGAACGAACGGUUCGCUCAGUUACGUUGCGACCGAUUUGGACCACGGCAAGCGGCUCAUGACUUACGCGGCCACCGGUGACACGGGGACCAACUCCUCGAUCAAAUUUGGGUUGUACCGCACUUUGCCCGUUCCUGGACCUGCUUCGGGCUACUAUGGCGACUACCAAGGUGAGUUUCUCUCGAAUUUGAGGCUGCAGUCCGUGGCAAACAUUGAAACUGAUGCUCUCGCUCUUUUUUUAUGUUCAUAGUUCGACCCUUCUGAUCGCAUAA